ACUACGUUAAAACCAAUGUGCUAAACCCCCAUUCUCCCAGAUCCAGACUUUCACCUCUCUCUCUCUAAAACAAACUCUCUCCCUCUCUAAAACUCGGUACCCUAACUCAGUCAUGUCAUCUCCCCACGGCGCCGCUCCCGAGUUGACUCAGCAGCAACAACAGCAGCAACAGCAGUGGAUGGCGAUGCAGCAGCAGUACCAGCAGCAAUGGAUGGCGAUGCAGCAGCAGCAACAGCAGAUGAUGUACCAGCAGCAGGCGGCGCAGUACAUGUCGCCGUAUUAUCAGCAGCAGAGCUACCAGUAUCAGCAGCCGCAGGCGAGUUUGGCGCAGCAGAUUGGAGGCGCGAGUGAGGAGAACAAGACGAUUUGGAUCGGCGAUUUGCAGGCGUGGAUGGAUGAGGCGUAUCUUCAAUCGUGCUUCGCUCCGAGCGGCGAGGCUAUAUCCGUUAAGCUCAUUCGUAAUAAGCAGACUGGUCAGUCAGAGAAAUUUGGAUUCAUUGAGUUUCUUUCUCAUGCAGCAGCUGAAAAGAUCUUGCAAAGCUAUAAUGGCACUGUAAUGCCAAAUACGGAUCAAGCAUUUCGGCUGAACUGGUCCACCUUUAGCACAGGCGAAAGACGUCAAGAUGGUGGUUCUGAUCUAUCUAUUUUUGUAGGUGAUUUGGCUUCAGAUGUUACUGAUGCCAUGUUGCACGAAACUUUUGCUAGUAGAUAUUCAUCUGUUAGGGGUGCAAAAGUUGUGGUUGAUGCCAGCACUGGUCGACCAAAAGGUUAUGGCUUUGUCAGGUUUGGUGAUGAAAAUGAGAAGUCAAGGGCAAUGACUGAAAUGAAUGGUCAGUAUUGCUCUAGCAGGCCUAUGCGCAUAAGUAUUGCAACCCCCAAGAAGCCAUCAACACCUCAGCAACAGUACUCUUCUCAAGCUGUUAUAUUGUCUGGUGGUGCUGCUUCUGCAAAUGGUGCUUUUACCCAAGGUUCCCAGUCUGAUGGUGAUACAUCUAACACAACAGUAUUUGUUGGAGGGCUUGAUUCAGAUGUAGGUGAUGAGGAACUCAAACAUACCUUUUCCCAGUUCGGAGAGGUUGUUUCAGUAAAAAUACCAGUCGGAAAAGGCUGUGGUUUUGUACAAUUUGCUGACAGAACCAGCGCUGAAAACUCGAUCAACCAAUUAAACGGGACAGUUAUUGGCAAGCAGACGGUUCGUCUAUCUUGGGGUCGGAACCCUGGGAAUAGACAGUUUAGAGGUGAAUCCGGCGGAAACUUUUAUGGGAAGCAAGGUUACAAUGGGUACGGGUAUGCUGCGCAGCAGAAUCAGGAUUAUGAUGGUGCUGCUGCAGCUUAUGGUGCAUCAGCAAAUGGGUAUGGAAACCAAUAGCUGGCAGUAAGAUGAUAUUGGCUGGUGGUAGUAUGUGUGCGAAACGAACCUUUCAAUGAGCGCCACGUGGCUAGGGGGAUAUGUUUUCCGACUAAUAUAUGUACUAUGCUGAAUUUUGUAGCUGGUUAUAGUUUCAUAUAAACUUUUUUAGUAUUCGAUGAGACCAUUAUUUAUGAUUGAAGGCAUAGCCUGUUUUUGGUGGUAA